CUCAGGAUCAUUUGGACGAGACUGUCAAAAUGUACCAAUCUCAAGUGGUUCGAACACUUCUCCAAACAGAGUGACAUCGCCAGGAACAUACGACAGUGCCACGUUGAGAUCACUACUUGCUGUGACCAAUUCCAGUAUAUGUCGGAAAACCUCAUCGGAAGUGAUAUCUGGCGCCCAUUACUCGCUCAGAAUUUACAUGGACUCCUGCAAGUAACCGGGAGCCUCCUACCCGACCGGGAGCUGAAGAAAGGUGAAGUGAUUAUCGGGGGCGAGGCACGUGGCAUAAAAACAGGGCAAGCCGUUCAAUAUAUGGAUUAUUUCUUCGGAAAGUACCUGGACAAGGAGCCAAUCAUCGCCCGCAAAUUGCGUCACAUAACUGCCACAGAGGACGUUGUGAAGCGCUUCGAGAGAGAAGCGAAGGUGUGGGGAAAAGUUUGGAUGGAGGACAAGGGAAAAUAUACAGUGCCAGUAUACGGCUUCUAUCGCGAGGAUGAAGGCGAUAUCGACGUUUCCCCACACUAUGCUAACGGAACUGCCAUCGAAUACCUGGCUCAAUACCCAGAAAAGGACCACACAUCGUUACUUCGAGACAUUGCGAAAGGCUUGCGUGCCUUACACGAGAUGGACGUAAUGCAUGGCGACAUGCGUGGGACCAGCGUCAUGAUAGACGAUCGCGGGAACCCCUUGAUCACCGACUUUGGCCUGAGUAAAAUUCUCCUGGACGUUGGCGCAACAAGCGUCCCUCUAAGUCGCUCUACGGAAUCAACUCGCUGGGUCCCGCCUGAGGUGCUGCACGCAGAGCCGCGGCAAAGUAAGAAGUCAGAUGUUUUCAUGUACGGCAGGACGGUCCUUGAGUUACUUACACAUCAGGACCCUUUUUAUGACGUCAAAUCUGAAAACCGUGUAGUUCAGUUGGUCACAGAGGGGAUACUGCCGAGCAGACCAACGGACGAGGAAACAAUCAAAAGAGGCCUUACUGACAAACUGUGGGAAUUUUUGAAGGACUGCUGGAGGGAGGACCCUAGGGAAAGACCGAAUAUGUCGCAAAUCAUCAAGUUCAUGAUGUAUAUGUGA